AUGAUGUUUCAGGAGUCCAGCUUUAACCUCACCUAUGUCCCGGAGGUGCGUGCCCAGGUGCUGGAGCUGCUCUACGCCGACUGGGAGCUGAGCUUGUGCAUUGUGCUGCCCAAAGGCAUGGACCUGGACUCGGAAGAUGCAGGCUCGGGUCUGUGUUGCAGCCUCACCAUGCAAGCCAACUCUGCCUUGCUCCUGGCCCUGUUCCGCACCUUGAAGGAAGGCAGUCCCCGUGGGACCCUCUUCUCCCCCCUGAGCAUCUCCUCGGCGCUGGCCAUGGUCGUCCUGGGGACCAGAGGCAACACUGCGGCCCAGCUGUCCAAGUCUCUUCAUUCUGACACAGCUGAGAAGGUUCAUUCCAGAUUUCAGAGUCUGGUCGCCGCUGUCACCAAGCCUGACGCCCCCUAUGUGCUGAAAGUGUCUAAUAGGUUAUUCGGAGAGAAAACCGGUAUUUUCCUCCCUGAGUUCUUAGCUUCAACUCAGGAACUGUAUGGCACUGAGCUGGCCAGUGUGGAUUUCCAGGGCGACUCUGAAGGUGCCAGGAGUGUGAUUAACCAGUGGGUCCAAGAGCAAACGGAAGGGAAGAUUCCAGAACUGUUGGCUGCAGGUGUGAAGGAUCGCAUGACUCUGCUUGAGCUGGUGAAUGCCAAUUGCUUCAAAGGCUCCUGGCAGGAUGAAUUUAGAAAAGAGGAAGCCAAGGACGCCCCAUUCACGUUGAAUCCGCGAGAAACAAAAGAGGUGAAAAUGAUGUACCAGAAGAAGAAACUGCCAUUCAACUACACCCCACAGCUCAAGUGCCGCGUGCUGGAACUGCCGUACAAGGGCGGGGAGCUCAGCAUGGUCAUCCAGCUGCCCGAUGACAUAGAGGACCAGUCCGCAGGGCUGGAGAAGAUCCAGAAGUUGACUCUGGAAAAACUGUGUGAGCGGACCAAGCCUGAGAAUAUGCAUAUUCAUGUGGAUGUCCACUUGCUUUUGCCCAAAUUCAAGCUGGAGGAGACCUGCGAUCUCAGGUCCCACCUGGCUCGCACGGGUGUGGGAGAUCUCUUUAGCAGGAGCAAGGCUGAUCUGUCUGGCAUGACAGAAACCAGAGGUAUUUUCGUAUCAAGAGUUAUCCAUAAGUCCUUUGUGGAGGUGAGUGAGGUGGGCAUAGAGGCAGCAGCUGCCACAGCUGUCACAGUAAUGCCGUCCAAUGAAGAUUUCCGUGCCGACCAUCCAUUCACCUUCAGGAUUCCUCACAAAUCCUCUGGCAGCAACCUGUUCUUAGGCAGAUUGCCUUCCUCUUAGAGGCUGUAGAAA